AUGGCUGAGGACCUUACAACAACACCUCCUUCAUCAGAAUCCUUCAUCCUGAGCUACCCGGCUCGGUAUGUGCUUCUGGCCACCAUCAACCGCGAAGGUGCUAUGAAUUCGCUUCCGUCCUAUGCUCAUUGGGAAGCUGAAGCCCUAUUUUCCUGGUUCGAUAAGGAACCCAGUCUCCGGGUCGCAAUCAUUACUGGCGCUGGGACCAAGGCCUUUUGUGCGGGGCAGGACCUGAUUGAGCAGCGAAAGUUCAGGGUAUCACCGCCUCCAAUGUCAGCCGCAAGGCAUCCGCCCUCCGGCUUCUGUGGAAUAAGCCGACGGACCGGAAAGAAGCCUAUCAUUGCCGCCGUCAAUGGGUUUGCUCUUGGGGGUGGAUUUGAGAUUUGCUUGAAUUGUGAUAUGGUGGUAGCCUCGCCGACGGCAUCUUUCGGAUUGCCAGAAGCAACAGUUGGACUCUACGCCGCAGCUGGCGGGCUCCCCCGGAUUGUCCGUAACUGUGGGCUCCAGAUCGGUUCGGAGAUCGCCAUGACGGGACGCAGACUCUCUGCCAAGGAGGCAUUGGGUUUCCACCUGAUCAAUAAGAUCUCAAAAAGCCCAGAAUCCGUCAUCUCUGAGAGCGUGGAACUGGCUCAGAAAAUUGCAAGCCUUUCACCCGAUGCAAUUACUGUCACUAGACAUGGGUAA